CUGUCGAAAAUGGUACAGACGCUUCGUAUUCCAAGAUUUACCGGGCUCUGGUUGGCGGGAGAAAAAGCGCGGGCGUGGUUGGCGAUCGGGGUCUGCACCUCCCAACUUUUAUGUAUCUAUAAAUACAAAUACGAGCAAAUUCUAUCCCUGUCGGCGACCCAUUUCCAGCUCCACCAUGGCACCAACCAUCCCCGCCGACGCCAUCACCAUCUCCUCCUCUUUAUCCGAACAACCCGUUAGCAACACCCUCGUCAUCGUGUCCUCCUCUGGAUCCGAUCAACCUGUUAGCAACACCCUCGUCGACCUGUCCUCGGCGACCUUCUCCUCUCGCUCCGUCGCCAUCCUCCCAGACCCAUGCGCCAGCCGUGGCGGCGGCGACCAGGCCAGGGACGCGCCGCGGAACCGGCGCCCACACUCGACGGCGCCAUCCGUCGUGCCCGUCCUUUCGUCGACCGUCGUCACGGCUGCUUCAUUCGCCGACGGCAGCGGAGCCGAGGCCACGAGCCGGCGGAGGCCGACGGCGGCUGCGCGGCAGCAGUGCCCGUCACCGCGCUCUGUUUUGUCCGUCCGCGCACCAGGCGGCGUCGCCCCAGCCCCAGCCCCUCCCUCCAGCGGCGGCGGCGAUGACGAGGCCACGAGCCGGCCCAAGAGGAAGGCGCGGUACCGAAAGUGGGGCAUCGACGACGAGCGCAAGGUCCUCGCUACCCUAGCCGAGCUCCGCAGGGACAACAUGGGCGUGCUCCCCCAGAUCUCCGUGCUUCUCAAGAAGCUCUGCGCGAACGGCGGCCUCGUCCGCCGCGGCGUGGAUGCCAUCGAGCUUUCUGAUAAGGUGUACAAGCUCAAGAAAAAGUACGUGAAGGCCGCUGCCAAGUUCGCUGCCAGCGGCGGCAGGCGCAUUCGCAAAUACCGCAACCAGGAGCUCUACGAGAUAUCCAUGGAGGUGUGGCCGGAGCUGAUGAGAGGCGAAAACCAAGACGUCAGGGUCGGCCACUGAUCAUCGUCUACGUUCACGACGUGUCGUCCACUUCAAAAUGACCAGCAGUCCAGUGGCUAUUGUAUGAAUCUACCUAGCUAGACAUGCUGUUCCUGAUGUGCAUGUAUGAACUACCAGUCUAGCUAGCUAGUACUGUCUUUUGGAUAUGAACGAAGAAUCUUUUGC